AGUAACAGGGUACCAGAACCCGGAACGGAGGCGAAUUCUCACGUGACUGUGCUUGCAACCACACACACACACACGAAACACAGCAGAGUCCGGAAGGAAGGGCAGCGUUUGAAUGAUUGAAGGAACUGCAGUCUUAUCAAUUUUUGACGGUUGCCACAAGGAAGCCCCAACUGCCACCAAAAGCUAAAUCCUAAGGACAUUUCUUCCCCGUGACAAAACAUAACCUCUGUUUUGUGUAUGAGUGUUCACCACUCAGGACGCAGGCUCUGAGAACAAAAACUCACCACUUGAAUCUGGUGACUCGCUCAGUUUCCUAGAAACACUAUUUUGGAUUUGUGAUCAGAACCUACACACACUCGUCAAGAUGGCCACCAGUCGAAAAAUCAAGAAUGUCAUCUACAACUAUAACGACUCUCAGAAGAAAGUACGGGACGCCACGUCCAACGAUCCGUGGGGUCCCUCAAGCACAACAAUGUCAGAAAUUGCCGACCUGACGUACAAUGUUGUUGCGUUCACGGAUAUUAUGGAGAUGAUUUGGAGACGCAUAAACGAUAAAGGGAAGAACUGGCGGCACGUCUAUAAAUCCCUGGUGUUGCUGGAGUACAUCAUCAAGACGGGGUCGGAGCGCGUCGCGCAGCACAGCAAAGAGAAGAUCGUGGACAUCAACACGCUGAAGGAUUUCACCUUUUACGACACCAGUAACGUCGACGUGGGACGCAACGUGCGAGAGAAGUCGAAGCACAUCGUGGGGCUGUUGCAGGAUGAGGAGAGAUUGAAGAACGAAAGAGUGCAAGCGUUGAAGGCUAAGGAGAGAUUCGCACAGGCAUCUCAAGGAUUCGGGAGCACCACAAAGGCUGAGACAGCUGCUGUUCCAGCAACAACAACACCGGGUAGCAUUGAGCAAGGUGCCGAUCCAGCGGCCUCCGACACCCCACCAGCAACGAGGACGUUGACCUCUGACAUUGAACAGGCACGCCCCCAGACCUCCAACGAGGAGGAGCUCCAGCUGCAGCUGGCCCUAGCGAUGAGCAAAGAGGAGGCGGACCAGCAGAGGCAAGAGCAGAAGAACGAGAGAAUACGACUUGAGAUGGCCAUCAAUGAAAGUCUAGACGAGAACACUGAUUCCCCACCAAACCAGCGAGCUAACGACCCAUGGGCACCAACUGUCAACCCAGUUGCAGCACCUCCUCUUCAGAAUGAUCCUUGGGCUGUCCUGGCUGCCCCGCCCCCUGCACCGGCCCCAGUCCCUGCCCCAGCUGCCGACCCAUGGGCCCCCGCGAUGCCAACAGUUCAACCAGCUGUCGAUCCCUGGGGUAGCCCAGCAAGCGUUCCAACCGCCAUGCCCCUACAGAAUGAUCCAUGGGCAGCUGGUCAAGGCAUCCCGCCCAACGAUGUGGAUUCCGAUUUUGACCUGCUUCGUUCCAACACCGCUAACAAUGCCGCUGUCCCACCAAGUAGUAAUGGUAAUCUGUUUGGCAGUGCGCCAAUGAUGCAGCAGCAGAACACCAUCACAGCAAGCGGGGUCUUUGAUAUGACCGGAAUGCAACAGUCGAUACAGCAGCAGUCCUUAGAGCAGCAGAAGAAGGCGGCCACCAAACCGGAAGAUUUUCUCGGUGUGAAUUCGAGCCUAGUCAACUUGGAUUCCCUGGUCGGCCCGCCCAAGCCAGCCCAGCUCUUACCGCAGGCGCCAAAUCCAUUCCUGGGCUCGGGAAUGCCAGCCGGCUCGGGAAUGUCCAUGAGCUCGGCAAUCUCGACAGGCCCAGCUGCCCAACAACACCAGAACCCGUUCCAACAGCAGCGCCAACCCGCCCCAACGAUCAACCAGAUGAGGGCGGAGCCUAUGAUGGGCAUGCAGCAAGAGGUAAACUAUGGGGCAGGUGCGGGCUUCUCUGCUAAUAUGGGCGGGGCUGGGAUCAGUCUGCCGCCACCGCUGAUCCCGUUGAGUGGAGGAGGUGCCCCCCAGAGUCAUAUGCAGCCUCAGCAAGCUAACAACCCAUUCCUUCUCUAGGACAUCUCGGCAUCACAGGUUGAAUCACCUGCAAUCUUCUUAGCAUGUGGCGUCUUUGCUGCAGUCGUGUGAAGCGGCAGAUGGGAAAGGUGGUCUUAAGUUCAUAGAGCUGCUUAACAAACAUCAAAACCGGCAAAGUGCUGCAAAAUUAUGCUCACCAGAAUAAGGUUACCAACCAAACUACCAUGUGUGAAUGCACAAUCUGUGACUGGUAUUCUGCUCAUUUUUGCUUGGCAGGAAAUUGCUAAGUAAUAUUUUCAGCUUAGGCAACUCAAUGAAAUAGACUGAUCAGUUAAGCUCCGCCCCAUUACGUAUUGACCAAUCACAACCUAUUGCACGAUGUAUUUGGCCCUGGUCUUAAUUUCAUGGAGCUGCUUUUAAGCACAACAAAGUUGCUAAGCACAAACAUGCUUACUAGAGUUAGUUUACCAGCCAAAAUACCAUGCUACAGUGCUGUCUGUAACUGAUAUCCUGCUAAUUUUUGCUUAGCAGAAAGUUGUUUGUAAGCAGUUCUAUGAAACUAGACCCUGUGAACAAGCAGCGCAGAAAUCUCCUACAAAGAACGGAUGCAAGGCCGUCAGUGUUUAAAUGUGCUGUGACCAAAAUGUAUUUUGAUGUCAAUUCAGUUCAAAUCUAAAAGUUGGUAAACAAGUUUUAGUGACAAGGUUUUAUGUGUAUUUUAAAAAGGCAUUUAAAGUAUUUGAAAAAAAAGACAAGAGUGAAAGGCCUGUUGAGAAAUGAAGCAGUCAAAAUGUUGUUUCGCAAUAUAAUAUUAAUCUAUUAAUUUUGCCAGUAGUGUAUACUUUUUGUCACUGUUACGAUGAACAAAAUUUACAUGUGAUUUUCACUAAUUCUUAUCUUGAGUGAAUAGAAAGUUGAUUCAAUUCGUUGACAAUAUUUAAAUAUCUGCGAAGUAACAUUCAAAGGCCUGUGUUGCUAAAACAAAAAAAGGUCCGGGUGAACGGUGGGCCUCAGACCAAAUAGAAAAAUUAAAAAAUUGUAAUAUUUUCACAAUAACAUUUCAUUGCAACUCCUUUUAGUAAUAAGUGCUGGGAGGUGCUUGCAGGUUUGUCGGCCAAGCAGCACCACCCCCUUUUAAAUCUGUGCCCAAAUUCACGAUUAAGCUUUUUAGAGUACCUUGCACUAAGGCAGUUUACAGGCGACCAGUUCCAGGCAAUCUCCCAAGAAGAAAGUUCAUUUACAUUUCAGUUUUUCUUGAGGAUGUUCAGAUUAUUUUUAUAUGUUGUGUACAGUUUUAGGUGUGCAAUAUUCAGGAAAUAACACAGCUGCCUUGGAACUUGGAAAACGUUUCCUAUUUUACACAAAAUUGGUUUAUUUAUUUGGGGUCUGAGUAAAUAAAUUCAUGUAGAAAAACACUAACCCAAUUCACAAAGCAGGGCUGAAUUGAAACAAAAAAUCCCCAUAGACCACGGGGCCCAAUUUCAUAAAGAUGUUUAACAGAAAUACUGCUUAGCAGUUUUAUGACAGACUCUUCUGCAUUUGGAAGGCCCAACUUCCUUUUUGUGGUUGCUAACAGAACAUAAUUUUCAUAUUGGAAUAUUGAGUAGGUUUCUUGCACCUUUAUAAUGCCUGUUACUGAACGAUAACUUAUUGACUUGUUUUUCAGUCCAUACUGCUUGAUGUAAAAUGAAUACUCUUGUUUUCUUGAUAUUUUGGUGCAACUUGCUAAAUUCCUUUAAUCGAAUGAAUCCACUUAAUCAAUACAACUUAUGCGAGUUAUGAAGAAGAAAAAAAUGUGUUCAUUACCAAAUCCCCCAUAAAAGUUUACCCAUUGUCUGCAAUUAUGUUGAAACAAAAAGGUUGGAAUAAUGUACCAGCUUUCAAACUAUUUAUAAUUCUCUCUUUGUUGCUGUAAAUCAUUGCAACAAAUCGAUACCACUGAUACUGCCCUUUAUGAAUUACAUAAGCAUAAACUGUGGUUUCAGUGGGGCUAUUGUUACAUACUGCAUAAUAAUAGUCUGGUUCCUUACAUGUACUUUAGUUGUACUCACUAAAAGGGAACCAGACAAAAUGGCUGCAGCCAAGUCAAAGCGACACAUUACAUAUAAAUUUGAGUUAUUUACAUUUUGUUUGUGUUUUUUCUUUGUCAUAAAGUUUAGGUGUAGUUAAAUACAAACAAGUAUUUGAUAAAAUCGGAACAAAAUCGAUGAAGUGAGAGUAUGAAGGUAAAGUACGUUUUAUGCUUUAAACAUCUACAUUAUGAUAAGUAAUAAUUUAAAACAUUUACAUGUAGUAUACAACAAAUGACAUUGAUUGGAUAAAUCUUCUUUAUUAAUCAAAAAUCAAAUCUUUGUGUCAAAACUUCUGUCGGUGAUUUUAUUUUAAAUUAUAAAUGUAUACAUGGGUACAGUGUAUUGUUCAGCUUUCUUGUAAAUGGAUUGUUCAAGUGUUAGAAAGUAUAGCUUAGUAAAAGUUUACUGUUAACUUGAGAAUAUUUUUUUAUACUAAACCUGACAAAUAUGCAUUUAUUGAAUAUUUUUCUUCUUCUUUUGCUUCAACUUUAUUUUUUAGUAGACAAUAUGUAAUUAGACUUAAUGAGUGCUAUAAUAUAAUGUAUAAGUACUAAAUUAUGAAUGAUUUGGUAUGAGUAAUGAUUUAAAUGAAAAAAAAAGAGUUUUUUAAUGAAAUGCAUUGUUUAGAAAUUGAAUUUGUAAAAGUAAUGGUCGUUGUACAUAGAGUUGGUAUAAUGUAGUUGUGUAGUUGUAUACUAGCUAUUGUUAUUUGUAAACCAUCAACAACAGCUGUAGUGUUUACUUUGGUGGUUGUUGUUGUUGUUGUUGUUGUUAUUCUUUUUAAAUACCGCUAAGCAACUGUGACAUCACAUCAUAACAAAAGAUUGCCAAUCGAGAAUUUUGAUUUUCAUAAAUCCACUGUCAACUAAGUUAAAAUGCAACAACUGAAGAAAAGCACUGACUAUUUCACAUAGCUGCUUACGAAUGUGCUAAGCAUAAAACUAUCCUUGCAGCAAAAGGAGUUACCAGCCAAAUAACAAUAUUUGUUGAACGUUGAUUGUGAUUGGUACCCCUAAAAGCCUCAAAAUAAAAUGUGAUAUUAACACAGUAACUAUGACAACAGCCCAAUGCAUGAAGGUAUAUUUUGUGGAAGCCAUAUUAUUUUUUGGUUGGGGAGGGGGGGGGGGGCGUUGUUGUUAAUUACCUCAAUAUAUAAUCGUCAAGAGUACUUUUUCUUAUUUCUUUCUAUUUUGUGUGUGUUCACAACCGUGAAACGUACAGAGAUUUGAGGUUCUUUUGUUCUGAAUCGUAGAAAAUUUGAAGAAAAGAAAAUGUUUAAAAAAUAAUCACAAUAUACGGACCUCUCUUUAACAUUGCAUGAAUUAUUGUUAACCCAAAUGUCAGCUCAUGCCAUGGCGAACUAUGACGUGCCAUGACGUCACCACUUUCGCUCUUGAACCCGAUUCUUAUUUGAAAUGUUUUAUACAGGACUGGUAGAACCAUGGAGGAUGGUAGAACUGACAAAAUAUUCACGGCAAGUGUUCAUUCUUCGUUUGAUCAAUACGCAGUAACGCAAUAGUAUAAUACACUUGUGAAAACUUAAGCUGAAUCAGUUGUGUCAGUCAGAAAGAAAACAAUGUAAAAAACCAAGCACAUUUUUCAUUCAUUGUGUAAACACAAAAAUAAAUGUCAUUCAUUUGGGGUUGUAACACCGAAAUCAGUUAUUGCGGUUUUUAUUUUAUUUUUGGUUUUCAGAUACAAUUUUUUCGAAUUUGACUUUAUUUCAGAGGGAAAUAUUUCGCAGGGAAAUUUUGUUUUAGUAUGAACUUCAUAAUAUGUAAGCUUAUACAGACUGAAAAUUAAAGUUUUGUUGAUCCUUACCAAUCCUGUAUAAUACCUUUUCACUUGUUACGGUGACCAGACCCCUGUAGUUUCAUAUUUCCAGAAAGAUACAUCAAUACAAAAUAAUACCAAACUUCAUUUCUAAAACAAAACCUCACUUGUCGUAAUCUCAUAUAUUCAUUGUGCAUAUUAAUUAUUGUUGUAUUAUAAACUAAUCUUUAUUAUCGCUACGCUGUAUUAUAUAAACAAAAGCCUUCACUGGGAGAUUAUGAUUGAUUUGUGUCAUUUGUGAACUUAUUAAAUGUACGUAUAUUACGUGUAUUACGAACAUACGUCACAAUAAAGUCACAAUAAACGUUA